AUGGAGCCGGGAUAUAUGAUAUAUCUCAUCAUCAGCGCUUUGGCUUCUGUUUCGCAUAAUUUCAACGCCACCUGCAACUACGACGAGCCCCAAGAGCUCCAAGAGCCCUACCAAAAGCCCUGCCAAAAGUCCCUCAAAAAUGGACAUUACACAGUGUUGAUGCUAACCUUAGUCAAGGAAGAGGACUUGAACGAAGACGAUGGAAACUCACUCAGCGACGGAAGCCUCUCGGCCUCUACAGACUCAAUGACUUCAAGUAUCUUUGAGUAUCGCAAGCUUCACGGACGUACAUACCAUCGCGAAAUUGGAAAUGCCCAGUAUUGGGCUUCGAACGAUGAGCGACAGAGUGAAACCCUGGAUAUGAAGGACUUUGCAGAUGAACACCCCAAUGUAGAGGUUAUUAGCACCGAUAUAUCGCCAAUUCAACCCGCCUGGGUUUCUCCCAAUCUCAAAUUUGAAAUCGAAUAUUGUACUCAAGAAUGGACAUUUGCUCCCAAAUCAGCAGAUUACGUCCAUCUCCGCUGGUUGGCCGGAAGUAUCCCUGAUUGGUACCAGUUCUUCAGAGAGGCCUACAAGACCUGCAAGCCAGGUGGUUGGGUCGAAAGCUUUGAACCCUCAGCUAUUAUCACCAGCGAUAAUGAUACCGUAAAGGAGACUUCUGCUUUAGGCCAGUUGGGCAAGCUAUUCAUUGAAGGUGCCAAGAAAUUCGGCAUGAGCUUUAGUGUAUACGAAGAAGAGCUACAGAGGAAAGCCAUGGAGGCAGCAGGAUUUAUUGACAUUCAGCAAUACGAGUACAAGGCUCCUCUCGGUGACUGGCCCAAGGACCCGGAGAUGGAGGAACUGGGAGAGUUUGGUCGUUAUGUUUUUCUCUCGGAUACUGAAGGCCUUGUGCUUUUUGUGGCUAAUACUAUGUGCUGGUCGGAGGCAGAGAUUCAUGUUUACAUUGCGCAUGCUCGAAGGGAGAUUAACUCGGGCAAGCAUCAUGCUUACUUCAAGCAGCGGGUUGUCUGGGGACGGAAGCCAGAGGAGUGA